AUGCCUUUUAAACCAUUCCGGCCACCGCUCCAGAGAAAACCGCAACAUACCCCAGAAGCAAGGACAAGCAUAGCAUCUGUCGACCGGCCCUCACGAGAUGACGAACCUCUGCGCAAACGAAGACGUGUUAUCGAUAGUGAUGAUGAUGCUGAAGAGGUAUCGGAUUCGGAGGGAGAACAUCUGAAGCAGAAACCACUCAUUGAUAGACCUAAACCCUCGCUGGGCAAUGGGUCGAUUAAUCGAAAGCCCUUGAUUGCUGUGACCAACUCGCAUGAUACGGUUUCUGUGACUGAGCAAGGAAGUGAUAGUGAUAGAGAGACAUAUUAUAAUGUACUUUGGCGUAAACCCACCGCGAAGAAGAAUAAAACAUGGGACGGCGAUGGAAUUGUUAUCGUCCGAGGUGGCUAUGGCUACCUGCAAGAUAUAUCCGGGCGAGAAAUGGGAAAGGCCAUGCUGAAGCUCUCUAGCUUAGAACCUGGGGCCUCUUUGUCGAUUGGAGGCAAAGAUGUUGAGGUGGAUUCGGUAAUCACCAAGAAGGAAUAUCUUUCUAGUCGCCCCUCUAGAACGGGAACCUCGUCAUCAUCAAAGAGCGUGGAGGCGCCCCCGUCAGGAAAGGACUCGGGCUAUGUAAAGCCCAGCAUCUCUUCCACCCGUUACACCGUCUCGAAGCCAGGCACAAAGAUCUCACUGAAUGACUUGAAGGAGGCCUCCAAAAAGACGCUGAAUGUUUCUGCGCCGCAAAGUGCUGCGAUAAACAACACCUUUAAGAACCCCCUGAAAAACUCCACCGUUCUGCCACCGAAACCAAAUGGGCCACUGCCUACCCCUAGACAUGAUCCCACCCUACCAGGUGCUGUGGUUAUGAGAAGACCCGACUCCGUGCCACUGGGAAAACAGAUAGUCGAUGUGGUUGUUGACCCUCUUAUCGGGAAACACCUUCGAGAGCAUCAGCAAGAAGGAGUUAAAUUCCUUUACGAAUGCGUGAUGGGGAUGCGGCCAUUCAACGGUGAAGGCGCUAUCUUGGCCGACGAAAUGGGGCUAGGGAAGACUCUCCAAACAAUUGCACUUCUAUGGACCUUACUAAAGCAGAACCCCAUCUAUGGAUCUCAACCUGUGAUUAAGAAAGCCCUCGUUGUCUGUCCGGUGACCCUCAUUAACAAUUGGAAAAAGGAGUUUAAGAAAUGGCUAGGAAGUGAUCGGAUAGGCGUGUUUGUGGCGGAUGGUAAGAGAACUAGACUCUCUGAUUUCACCAUGGGGCGAAGCUACAGUGUUAUGAUUAUUGGAUACGAAAGGAUACGUUCCGUACAGGAACAGCUAACCAAAGGAUCUGGGAUCGAUAUCGUGAUUGCUGAUGAGGGUCAUCGACUGAAAACCGUUCAAAACAAAAGUGCUCAAGCUAUACAAUCGCUGAAUACUACGCGUCGAGUCAUCCUUUCGGGUACCCCAAUCCAAAACGAAUUGAGCGAAUUCUUUGCCAUGGUAGAUUUUGUCAACCCUGCGCUUCUCGGCACAUUUAAGUCGUUCAUGAAAGAAUUCGAAAGCCCAAUUGUUGGAGCGAGGCAGCCAAAUGCUCCCCGAAAAGCUAUCGAGAAAGGGAAAGCUAGGAGUGAAGAGCUGGCUGAGUUAACUUCUCCGUUCAUUCUUCGCCGAACGGCUGACAUCCUUUCAAAACAUCUGCCGCCAAAGACCGAAUAUAUACUGUUUUGCAAUCCAACACCAGCCCAAGGGAAUUUAUACCGUCACGUCCUCUCGUCCCCCCUUUUCCAAUCCGUGUUGAGAAACUCUGAAAGUGCUCUACAGCUCAUCACCCUGCUGAAGAAAGUAUGCAAUAGCCCGUCUCUGCUUAAGCCCAAAGUCGAAGACGGCAAGGUUGCUGACACCUCCAUGAAUGCAUUUAUAUCAUCUCUCCCACCUAAUAUCCAGCGUUGCCUAUCCGCCGCCUCCAGCGCGAAUUUGCUGACCUCCCUGGAUCUUCCAUUCUUACGUCUCGACGGCUCUACCCCUGCUACAAAGCGGCAGGCACUAGUAGAUGAUUUCAAUCGCUCGCAGCCAUCGUCAUGCUUUGCAUUUUUGCUCUCCGCAAAGGCUGGAGGGACAGGAUUAAACUUGAUCGGAGCUAGCCGACUUAUUCUUUUCGACGUUGACUGGAAUCCUGCCACUGAUAUACAAGCAAUGGCACGAAUACACCGAGACGGGCAAAAGCGACACUGCCAUAUUUACCGGCUUCUGCUAAAAGGGGGUAUAGAAGAGAAGAUCUGGCAGCGGCAGGUAACGAAGCUUGGAUUGGCGGAUAGCGUUAUGAACCAAAAAGGUGGGAUAGCUCACUUUUCACAGGAAGAAUUGAAAGAUCUGUUCCGCCUGGAUGAGAGCUCUCAAUGCCAAACUCAUGAACUAUUAGGAUGUCAAUGCCGUGGGCAGGGGGUGAUGGUCAAAGAAGACGAGGAUGAGAAGGCUGAAACUACUGCCGAGUCCUCGUUGGAUUCUCUGUCUGAAGAUGAGGAUGAGGAUAUGGAUGAUUCAGAGGAAGAUGUGCCUGAACUACCCACGCUGAUGAAAGCAUCCGAGCUCAAGUCAUCCACGGUACCACAGCCUCUAUCGAAAAGGCAGCGAGCCCAUGAGAAAGCCAAGAAGCGAUUUCUCAUGCAAUACUCUCACAUUGACACUAGCAUCUUGAGUAUUGGCUCGAGUGAAGAAGUUGGGGCGAGUAAUGCAGGCGACGACGUCACAAUAUCAAACAUUGAAAGCAGUAUUGGAGACGAAGUUUUGUUUUCAUUGCUCAAAGAAGAAGGGAGCGGAGUAGGCUAUCUAUUCAAAAAGAAUGGUUUCUCAAACCCACCGCUUUUGGUGGACUAG